UAUCGAAGUUGCACAAUUCGCCACUUUUCUUCGUUGUUCGCAUUGAAGAGGUCACACAGUUUUAGAUUUGCACAUAAAGUAUCGCAAUGGCUGACGUGAAGCUGCACUACUUUAAUGGCAGAGGCAAAAUGGAAUCAAUCCGCUGGCUUUUGACUGUGGCGCAGGUUGAGUUCGAUGAGUUCUUUCUGACAACCCGAGAGCAGUACCUCAAGCUGCUGAAUGAUGGAGACCUCAUGUUUCAGCAGGUCCCCUUGGUGGAAAUAGACGGCAUGAAGCUCAUUCAGACCAGGGCCAUCUUGAAUUACUUAGCGGAGAAGUACGAUUUCCACGGCAAAGACAUCAAAGACCGUGUCAUGAUCAACAUGUACUCAGAGGGACUGAUAGAUCUGAUGGAGAUGAUCAUGAUUCUGCCUUUCAGUACUGACGAGAAAAGCAAACUGGAGAACAUCGAGACCAAAGCCAAAGAGCGCUACCUGCCUGUCUUUGAAAAGCAACUGUGUGAUCACAUCUACCUGGUGGGAGGUAAACUCAGCCUGGCGGAUGUGCUGCUGCUGGAGUGCACCCUCAUGUUGGAGGAGAAAUUUCCCGGAAUCCUCGGCGACUUCCGCAACAUCAAGUCCUUCCAGGGUCGCAUGACACAAAUUCCGGCCAUCAGUAGAUUCCUGCAGCCCGGAAGCAAGAGGAAGCCUCAGCCAGAUGGAGCGUACACAAAAACUGUCAAGGAAGUCUUCAAUGUGAAAUGAGCAACCAACAAUGAAUGUAGUGAAUCAACCCUCACUGAACUUCAUUAAAACAUCUAUUCUGCAA